GGGGAUGACUGCAUUUUCUCGGGCUGAUGGAAGAGAGCGAGCAGGACAUGUUUGCACGCCGUUAAAACGUUAACCCCUAAGUGCCUCGGUGGUGUAUGGCCCAGACAUUCAUUGAGGAUUAGGACAGAGGAGAACACUGCAGUCAGGUUUCUGUUGGUGUAGCCAUCAAACAUGAAGGAGAAUUUGUUUAAGAAGAACCCUGAGGCCAUGGUGGCCCCCGGGCCCACUGAUGCCAGUGCCCUGACGAUGGCCCCUGCUGUAUCUACACCGGCAGACAACUCCACUGAGCAUCAGGGCCCAGUCAGCAAGAAUGACGUCUUUGGUGACAUCAAGAACAAGUUCCUCAAUGAGAUGGACAAGCUACCACUGCCUCCCUGGGCCAUCAUUGCCAUCGCUAUCGUAGCUGUGGUCCUCAUACUCACUUGCUGUUUUUGCAUUGUUAAAAAGACCUGCCUUAAGAAGAAAAAAGGCAAGAAGGGAAAGAAAGGGAAGGAAGACAUGGGAAUGAAGAGCAUGAAGGGAGGAGAGAAACAGGAAGAGGAUGAUGAUGAAGAAGAUAUAGACAUGGGAAUAACUGAAGAGAAAGAGGAGGAACCCAAAGAAAAGGAGAAGCUUGGAAAACUACAAUUCUCCUUGGAUUACGACUUCUCUGACAACAAGCUGACAGUGGGCAUCCUGCAAGCUGCAGAUCUUCUCUCCAUGGACAGUGGUGGCACCUCUGACCCGUACGUCAAAGUUUUCAUUCUCCCAGAUAAGAAGAAGAAGUUUGACACCAAGGUGCAUAAGAAAACCCUAAACCCUGUCUUCAAUGAGACUUUCCACUUUAAGAUUCCAUUCACUGAAAUGGGAGGAAAGACCCUGGUCAUGUCUGUGUACGACUUCGACCGUUUCUCGAAGCACGAUGUGAUAGGUGAGGUGAAGAUUCCCAUGAACACCCUGGAUCUGGCACAGCCCAUUGAGCAGUGGAGAGACCUGGACAGUGCAGAGAAAGAAGAGCCUGAAAAGCUUGGUGACAUCUGCAUCUCCCUGCGCUACGUACCUACAGCUGGAAAACUCACCAUAUGUAUCCUGGAGGCUAAGAACCUGAAAAAGAUGGAUGUUGGAGGACUCUCAGAUCCUUAUGUGAAGAUUCAUCUUCUACAAAAUGGAAAGAGACUGAAAAAGAAGAAGACAACAGUGAAGAAGAACACACUGAACCCGUACUACAACGAGUCCUUCAGUUUCGAGAUUCCACAGGACCAAAUGCAGAAAAUCCAAGCUGUGAUCACAGUGCUGGACUACGACAAGAUUGGCAAGAACGAUGCCAUCGGCAAGAUCUGGGUGGGCAGCAAAGCGCAGGGCACUGAGCUGAGGCACUGGUCCGACAUGCUGGCAAAUCCACGGCGGCCCAUCGCUCAGUGGCAUCCACUCAAACCUGAGGAGGAGGUGGAUGCUUCGCUAGCAGCCCUCAAUGCCAAGAAGUAAUCCUGCCACUUCCCUUCUACUUCCUCCCCCACUUCCCUACCUUCCUUCCUUUCUUUCUUUCUUUCUUUCUUCCACUUUUCAACAUGCACAGCAUCUUCAACAACCAAUCAGCACUGAAUUACAGCCAUGGGCCACCAGACUAGACACUAGAGGUUUCAAAAGUAGACGACUGGGUCUCAUCGACUGCACAACCCAACACAAAAUGAGAUCAGGUUCGUCAAGACCAGCCGAUCUCAUAGGUCAGUAUGUCCUUUCAAGAGUAUUCUUUGGCACAGCUUGGAGUUAUGGACAUUUUCACCCAAAAGUCCAAGAGAUCCACAGCAUUCCAAAAUUUUGCAUCGGGGACCAGGGAUAGAAACACACUGCCUCUUCCACUGCCUAAUUUUAACACAUUCCUUCUAGAUUCUCUGGUCAUCUAGAUCAAAUCCUGUUCUGUUACUUUUGUUGAGUCUGAAAGGACAAUUAAAAAUGGCUUAUAAAUAUGAAAAUGAAAAAAAUAAUAAAAUAAAAAUAAUAAUAAUAAAGGGGAAUGGACAGAUAGUUGGACUAGAUGCUCCUGACCCAACAAGAAGGAAUUUUUCAGGUGUCAUCGAUUACACUGCCUGCAAACAACCUCUUCUUCCAUUCUUCUUCCACUGCCCAACGUCCUAACCCUGACAAAAAGGAGACAAGCCUUCAAACAUCACAAAAUAAGCAAUUCUUAGCUGCCAGGGACAUCUCCCUGUUAGCAUUUGUGUAUUUGUUUCUUCACUUUGAUUUGUUGUAUUAAAUGUAUUCUGCCUGAGCACUUUAAAUGAAAGUGUGUUUCUGUUCUAGUUGAUAACUUUGUUUUUAUCAGUAUUUUUACCUGCAUUUGGGAGUUUGUUGCUUUGAUUCAUGUUUUUGAUGUUCUGGACCCGCUCAUUAAGAAUUUAUUCCAGAAUUAGUUUGUAUGGUUUAUUAAUUUUGAUUUAACCUGAAGUUCUUACAAGGAGUGAGAGUUUGGCAGAGGGCAUUGUUGUGUACUUAUGUGUAUUUAUUUACUGCACAUUUUACCAAACUGCUGAAAUUAUUUGCACUACUGACACUACAUGUAUGUUGCUUUAUCGACUGCAAUCUGUACUUUAGUGAUGGUGCAUUCUUGAUGCGAGUUUUCAAAUUUGCAUUUGUUAAAAAAACAAGGAACUUCUAUAAUCUGAAUGUUGCUUUAGUGCUUACAGUGGGUGAUUCAUCGUUUUGACAAUGCAAAUCUCAGAAUAUGAUUUCACUGACGAACUAAGAUUAAAUGAUAUAGAUUCAUUUUCUGGCGUUUGAUCCUCGUAUUGCCUGGAGAACCUCUUUGGCAAUGAUGAUAUCUUCUUAAGUUGUUAACUAGUUGGGAAAUUUAGCAAAUUGCAAGCCUGAAACUGAUCUAAAUUUAUUUUUAGUGCAUAAUUUAGUGCGUAUCAGUGGCAUAGCCAGAAAUAAGACUUCGGGUGUGCAAAGAGAAAACUGGGUGUGCAAGAACUAAAGCACAAUUAAGUGAAAUAUAAUAAAAUGAACAUUAACAACCAUUCCAUCAAUUUUUAUAAUUUUUUUUUUGGUUAUAAUUUUUUAAAGCUCUGUGUAGUUAAAAUGACUGGAAAAAAAUCAGUGGCGUAAGUAGCUCUGUUAAUAUAUAAAAAUAUGAGGCUUCAUAAUUCAUCAAAAAUAAUAGUAAUAAUAAUUUGGAAUGAUUCAUUCUUAUUUUCCAAAAAAUACUAAAGAUACAAAUAUAAAUGAUGGUAAAAUGUGCACAGUACAGAAAAAAAAAAAAGAAGAGGAAGAUAAAAAUACACCAGGUUUUAGUUAAAUUAAUUGGUUAAAAAUUGUGGAUAAGAAAUAAAUCAGUUAUGCAUUGUGUUGAACAGAAGAAUGCACAACUGUAAGAAGAUUCAAAACCUUUUUUGGACAUUCUUUGUAUUUAUGGAGUAUAGGGAGGUUUGGUUCAUAAUAAUAAUAAUAAUAAUAAUAUAUAUAUAUAUAUAUAUAUAUAUAUAUAUAUAUAUAUAUAUAUAUAUAUAUAUACUGUUAUUAUGUAAAUUAUUAAGCCAAUAUAAAUAAAGGAUAAUACCAUGUCUGACAUGAUGCAAACAGUAAAGUGUAAAAAAAACAAAAAAACCCUGCCAUUUGAUUUAGGUGUGCAAGCUUACAAUUUGGGUGGCAGUUGCACACCUUGGCACACCCGUGGCUAUGCCACUGGUGCGUAUAGACUUUUAAAUCAGACAAAAUGCUACAUUUAGAGAGCCAAGAGUGAAUUUGAUUGUACUUACCAUGCAGUUACUCGAAUUCAAAGAAGCAGCUUUUCUGACAGGCCAUGUUCGGUUGCAAUAGCUCUGUUGAUUGUGAAAUUGCAAGUUCUUCCGUUCACAUUCAAAGUGCAGUUUGAUAUUUUUAUGUCUCUUUGCAAGCCUAAUGAAUGUGUGGUUAUUUAUCAUUUAUUUAUCAUUUAUUACUUGUUUAUACAAUUUCAUGGUUUUCUAGUUAUAUUGAAACACACUUCAUUUAGGGAUCAAUGUCUAUGUUUACUCUGUUAUUGUAAGUUAUUUUUGAGGUUACUCUCUAACACAAAUGUCCCAUAUUACGAAAAGCGUACACAAAGAAAUCGCAAUCUUACAAUUAAUAACCCUCUCCCCAAAACCAUAGUGUAGUUUUACCUAUAUAUGCAUAGUUCCUACUUUAUGAUACUGCAUGUUACAAUAAAAAGAUGCGCAUGUUUCAAAGAUGAAGCAAAAAUAUGUUGUGUACCUAAGUAGGUGUUCUUUGUCAUUUUAAUAACAUAAAGGAGGGGGAUACGAUAUUGUGUAUAUUUUCUAAUGAAAUCAAAUAUGUAUUUAUUUUCCGUGAGUGGGUACUGGAGAGAAUAUGAACUAUACUACACAAAUUUUCAUUUUCAGAUUCAAUCCAUGCCUGAACAUCAUGAGCAAAUAUGUUAAGUGCUUUGUGUGGACUAAUAUAGAAUGAAAACGUAGCCGCAUGCUUGCCGUCUACUAAUGUUGUUAAAGCGGAUGUUUUUUAUUUUUUAUUAAUUUAUUAACAUAUGUAUUACUUGAUUUAUUCAAAAUGAUUAUUUAUCUUAAUUUUAUAAUAUUUGUAAGUAUCUUUGUUAAAAUAUGUUUCUGGGAAGUAAAAACUUCCGUAGGGGGCUCCAAGUCUGAAUAUUUUCCCCCAUCUUAUAAGAACAAUGAUGCAAAGUUUUGGAUCAUACAAAAUUAUUAUGAAGUAGAUAAAGUUUUCUUUUCUCAUUUAAGACUUUAUUAUCAUUUUUGUCUUUUUCACAAUCAGUGCCAAUAAGAGAAGUCACGUUUACUGCCAUUUUAUCUGACUUUAUGUCAUUCUUACGUGAUUUUUUCAGACCAACUGAUUUAUACCUUUGGCAACAAAGUUGCAUUAGCACAAUUGUAUUAAUCGUGUUAUAGAAAACUUGGAGUCCCCAUUGCUUUCUAAAAGCUUUUAUUUAUGGGAAUGUUACAUGAUAACAGCAUUUAACUAGCCAAUAAACAGUAAGUGUGUGUGUGAGAGAGAGAGUGUGGAUAAGAUAAAGCCAUAAGACUUGAGCUAAAUCUUUGGAGCUCAGCUAUAUUGAUGUACUUAAGAUGAUUCUAAAAAUGUCUCCUCCUUUCAUAGGCCUGUGUGUCUCCUCACGUUCCAUUUAGUCUGUGAAGCUUUGGGGCUGCACUGUUUCCUAAAAGUGUGCUGAUCUGAACAUUAUUGGCAGUUUAACUUGCAAUAGUCAGUCUCUAAAUAAUGCUUUUUCAAUGUUUUUUUAUUACACUUUUUUUAUUUUAUUUGUAUUAUGUAUUUCUUUAUUCAGUUUUGUAAAUGCCUUGAUUUAACACAAAGUGUGUUAGGGAAGUUUGUUUGUACACUGGUUGGUGUAGUUGUUGCUAUUCCACUAUGUAUGUACACACAUGCAUUUAUGGGCAAAGGACAAUUAAAAAGGGUGGUUUAAAAGGGUUGUGUAACCAUGGAAACAUUUAACGUACAAAGUUCCAGAUGUUUUAAGCCUUUUAAUGCAAAUAUUAUUAACAAUUUUAUAAUUAUUUUUUAAUUAUUAAUGUAAUAAUACAAUAAGAAGAAAUUUAACAAUAAAAAUAAAUAAUUGAUAUAGGAAAAUGUUACUUAAAAAUGUAGAUGCUUUCAAAUGGAUAUUUAUUUAUUUAUUUAUUUAUUUAUUUAUUUAUUUCAAAUGAAUGGAAAUUAAGUAAUCAAUAAAGUAGUGAUCAAGUAAUUUCAAUCAGAAUUACCAGAAAAUGUUUGGGGUUUGAGUGUGUGUAACUGUGUUCAAUAAUAAUGCAUAGGCCCUUUAAUAAAUAAUCAUUUGUUGUUAUUUAAUCAAGCACUGCCAUUCUGCCUAUAUGGCAGCAUGCACAAUGCACAAUACAUUCCUAUUUGUCAACCACAGAGUUGUUGCUUGCAAGCAAAGAUAUUUGAGAACAACACAAAAAAGGGUUGCAAUGAGUUGCAAAAGUUUCAAUUCAGUGUGCUCAGUCAGUUUGAGUGUUUUAUGUUGUACAACUGAAUGAAAGACUGCUCUGACACCCACAGCAGAGACAUUUUCGUGAUUUCUGUUGAUUUCUUUUUUGCUAUUUUGUUUGUUGGCUAGCAUCCAAAGGUAGCACUGUGCAAUAAGGUUGUAUACGUUAACUUUAGUUAACACAAUAGUUAACAUAAACUAACCAUGAACAAUAGCUGAAUUUUACAGCAUUUAAUAAUCUUGGUUAAUGUGAAUUUCUACAUUUACUACUAAAAUUUACAUUCAAACAUGUAAAACAACAUUUGAAGUUGUAUAUUAACAUUGGUUAAUGCAUUACUGUAUGAACAAACAUCAAAUAUGCACAAUAGUGCUUUUAUAAAUUAACAAUAACCAAUAUUAAUGAAUGCUGUAUACAAAUAAUUGUUCAUUGUAGUUCAUGAUACCAAAUGUAUUUACUAAUAUUAACAUGCAGAACCUUUUUAUAAAGUGUUACCGCAAAAGAGCUGAUGUCUUUAUGUCUGCUUUUGCAUAGUCACAUAUCUAAGCAAGUGCUUUGGGGGGGAAAUUAACAAAAGCUUGCCACUGGAUCUCAUUUUCUAUUCUUUCUUUUCUCUUGCACUUUUCACUCUGCUUUUAUGGAAUUGUAUUUAUUUAUUUAUUUUCUAUUUGUGGUGUUCUGUUCUUUUAGUCAGUGGAAGAUUGCAAGGGUUUGGCCCUCAGGCCUGUUUGUACCUUCCAGUGUUCUUGUGUGUGCGUGUGUGUGUGUGUUCAUGUCCGUAAUGUCGUGCCUAGUGUGGAUCAAUCGCAUGCUUUAGCCCUUGAUGGGACACUUUGACAAAACGUUGCUCUUUUCCCACGACUUCCUAGUGGACAGUAUAUAAGCAUCGGCAAUCCUUGUAAAGACAUAAAGGGAACCAAAUAGCUCUACAGAUUUAUCAUAUGUGUUACCAGCUCUGUUCUGAAACAAAUGGUAAAAAUAAAGGCCUUUUAAUUAUACUUA